CCUCCCGUUAUCUUGACGAGUAAAGGAACUAUCUGCACAUCUAACGCGGAUUCUUGUGGACUUUUCUCUUGCUUAACAGAAGAAGCGUCGCAUUUUGCUCCGUGCCACAAGACCUUUUUAUUUUUUUGGAAAACUGAUUAAUAUAUUAGGAAUGAGAUCUGGAGCAGCGAGGGAUGUUUGGACCUUUUUUGGGGGUCCUGUGCUGUUUCUCUUCACCAUCUGCCUGUGGUCUGCUCAUGGAGAAGUCUGUGGUCCUCACAUUGAUAUUCGCAAUGACAUCAGUGAGUUCAAGAAGCUGGAGAACUGCACGGUGGUGGAGGGCUACCUGCAGAUCCUCCUCAUUGGCGACAAGAACAACAACCUCAACCAGGAGCACUUUCGCACCCUAUCCUUCCCCAAGCUGACCAUGGUCACAGACUACCUUCUCCUAUUCCGUGUCUCUGGCCUGGACAGCCUCAGUGUGCUCUUCCCCAACCUCAGUGUUAUCCGAGGACGCAACUUGUUCUAUAACUACGCCCUGGUCAUCUUUGAAAUGACCAGCCUGAAAGAUAUCGGCCUUUACAACCUGAGGAACAUCACCAGAGGGGCCAUCAGGAUCGAAAAGAACCCGGAGCUUUGCUACUUGGACUCAGUCGACUGGUCGCUCAUUAUGGAUGCAGAGUUUAACAACUACAUUGCUGGGAACAAACUGUCCAAAGAGUGUGGGGAUGUUUGUCCAGGUAUAAUGGAAGAUAGACCACAGUGCAUUAGGACCAGCUUCAAUGACAACUACAGCUACCGCUGCUGGACCUCGAACCACUGCCAGAAAGUGUGUCCAGAGAAGUGUGAGAAGAAGGCGUGUAUGGAUAUGGGCGAGUGCUGUCACCCCCAGUGUCUGGGCAGCUGCACUGAACCAGACAACAAUAUGGCAUGUGCUGCUUGCCAGCAUUACUACCAUGAGGGCCAUUGCGUUGAGGACUGCCCACCAGACACCUACAAGUUUGAAGGCUGGCGAUGCAUCACCAUGGAAAUGUGUGCCCGUGUUCACCUGCCCAGUGAGGUGGACUUCGUCAUCCACAACGGAGAGUGUAUGCCAGAGUGCCCACCCGGAUUCACCCGAAAUGAGACUCAUAGUAUGUUUUGUAGCGCAUGUGACGGACUGUGCGAUAAGGUCUGCGAAUCUAAAACUAUUGACUCUGUGGAUGCUGCUCAGUCCCUGCAGGGCUGCACGGUCAUCAAAGGAAACCUACACAUCAAAAUACGGCGAGGCAAUAACAUUGCAUCAGAGCUGGAGAGUUUCAUGGGUUUGAUCCAGACGGUGACUGGAUAUGUAAGGAUCAAGCACUCUCACACUCUGGGCUCUCUGUCCUUCCUCAAGAGUCUGAGAUACAUUAAUGGGGAAGAGCUCACCGAACAGAUGUAUGCAUUCUCUGCAGUGGACAACCAGCACCUGCAGUUUCUGUGGGACUGGAGCCAGCACAAUCUGACCAUUAGAGCUGGGAAGCUCUUCUUCCGCUUCAAUCCCAAGCUUUGCAUGUCUGAGAUUCAGAAAAUGUGGGAGAAGACGGGCGUCAAGGAAAAGAUGGAAUUGGAUGAUGUUCGCAGCAAUGGAGAACGCGCAAGUUGUGAGAGUUAUAUUCUAAAGUUCAAGUCUAACCACACUCAGAGUACUCGGAUAAAGCUCACUUGGGAACGCUAUCGACCGCCAGACUACAGAGACCUCAUCAGCUUCAUAGUCUAUUACAAGGAGGCGCCAUUCCAGAACAUCACAGAAUUUAAUGGACAAGACGGAUGCGGUUCUAAUAGCUGGAACAUGGUGGAUGUGGACCUUCCUCAGGACAAAUCAACAAACCCAGGUGUACUUCUGUCAUCUCUGAAGCCCUGGACACAAUAUGCUAUCUUUGUGAAAGCUGUCACCCUGGUUGUGGAGGACAAGCACAUUCUGGGGGCUAAGAGUGAGGUGGUCUACAUCCGAACCAAUGCGUCAGCACCAUCAAUGCCUCUGGAUGCCCGUGCAUAUGCCAACUCCUCCUCAUCCCUGGUGGUGAAAUGGUCUCCUCCCAUCUCUCCUAAUGGAAACAAAACAUUCUACCUGCUCCGUUGGCAGCAGCAAGUUGAGGACCGUGAACUCUACCAGCAUAACUACUGCUCUAAAGAGCUAAAGAUCCCCAUCCGCAUCUCAGCCACGGCUUUGUCAGACAUGGAAGGGGACACAAAGCCAACCAAAUCAGAUGCUAGCGGUGUUGAGAAGGGACCAUGCUGCCCCUGCCCAAAAACCAAGGAGGACCUAAAGGCAGAGGCGGAAGACCGCUCCUACCGCAAAGUCUUUGAGAACUUCCUCCACAACUCCAUCUUCACACCCAGACCUCCAGACAGAAAGCGUCGAGACCUGUUUGGAGUGGCCAAUGGCACACUGAUGCAAGGUGCAGGCAGGAACUUAACAGGGUUGGAGGGUAACAUCACUGACCCAGAGCUGCACGAGAGAGAAUACCCUUUCUCUGAGGGCACGGCCUAUACUGAGUUCAUAGAGAUAUCCAACCUACAGCCUUUCACUGUGUACCGCAUCGACAUCCACGCCUGUAACCACAAGGUCCAGCGUUGCAGUGCUGCGGCUUUUGUCUUCUCUAGAACCAAACCGGCAGACAAAGCGGAUGAUAUUCCCGGGAGUGUAACUCAGGAGAGGGAUGAGAAGGGAGAAGGAACAGUGUUUUUGCGGUGGUCUGAACCUCUUCAUCCCAAUGGACUGAUCCUCAUGUAUGAGAUCAAAUACCGCCUUGGAGCCGAGCCUGAAAAGCACGAGUGCAUAUCACGCCAGCAGUACCGGGUGUUGCGAGGAGCUCAGCUCAGUAAUCUGGCCUCUGGAAAUUAUUCUGCUCGGGUUAGGGCCACUUCUCUGGCAGGAAAUGGUUCUUGGACUGAACCAGUGUCAUUCUACGUGCCACCCCCCAAAAGAAAUCAUGAUAACACCAUCUAUCUGGCCGUCAUCAUCCCUAUUAUUGUGGUAGUGUUGCUCGCAUCAGUGAUCACUGUCGUCAUCUUUGUCACCAAAAAGAGGAAUAAUGACAGGUUAGGAAACGGCGUACUCUAUGCUUCUGUGAACCCUGAAUACUUCAGUCCUUUUGAAAUGUAUGUACCAGAUGAAUGGGAAGUGGCACGGGAAAAGAUCACCAUGUGUCGUGAGCUGGGCCAGGGCUCUUUUGGUAUGGUGUACGAGGGCAUCGCAAAGGGAGUCGUCAAAGAUGAACCAGAAACCAGAGUGGCCAUCAAGACUGUAAAUGAAUCAGCCAGUAUGCGUGAACGCAUCGAGUUCUUGAACGAAGCCUCAGUCAUGAAGGAAUUCAACUGUCACCAUGUGGUGCGACUUCUGGGUGUGGUUUCACAAGGCCAGCCCACUCUAGUUAUAAUGGAGCUGAUGACACGGGGCGAUCUGAAGAGCUACUUGCGGUCUCUCCGUUCUAAAGAGCAGGGCUCUGGUAGCCAGGCUCUGCCCCCGCUGAAGAAGAUGAUUCAGAUGGCUGGUGAGAUAGCGGACGGGAUGGCAUACCUUAAUGCCAACAAGUUUGUCCAUCGAGACCUGGCUGCCAGGAACUGUAUGGUUGCUGAGGACUUCACUGUGAAAAUCGGAGACUUUGGCAUGACACGAGACAUCUACGAGACAGAUUACUAUCGGAAAGGAGGCAAAGGGCUGCUGCCUGUCCGCUGGAUGUCCCCGGAGUCUUUGAAAGAUGGCGUGUUCACCACAAAUUCUGAUGUCUGGUCAUUCGGAGUGGUUUUAUGGGAGAUUUCCACUUUAGCCGAGCAGCCCUACCAGGGCAUGUCCAACGAGCAAGUUCUGCGCUUCGUCAUGGAGGGAGGACUUCUGGAUAAACCAGACAACUGCCCUGACAUGUUGUUUGAAUUGAUGCGGAUGUGUUGGCAGUACAACCCUAAGAUGCGUCCAUCUUUUCUGGAGAUCAUCAACAGCAUCAAAGAAGAACUAGAGUCACCCUUCCGGGAGGUGAGCUUCUUCUACAGCGAGGAGAACAAGCCACCCGACACUGAGGAACUGGACAUGGAGGUGGAGAACAUGGAGAAUGUUCCACUGGAUCCUGCUUCUACGCUUGCCCCCUCUUCUCAGGGGUGCACAGGGGCUCAGACCCAGAGUCCACAAGCGCUUUCCUCAGCUCAGGGGCCAGGGACACUGAUGGGGUCUGCCCCAAACCCCUCCAUCUCCCCUCCCUCCUCCUCAGCUUCUCCAGGCCUGGCCUUAGACAAGCACUCAGGACAGGUAGCAGCAAACGGGCCAGUGGUGCUGCUAGGGCCGUCAUUUGAUGAGACGCAGCCCUACGCACACAUGAACGGUGGGAGGAAGAAUGAGCGAGUGCUGCCACUGCCUCAGUCGUCAGCCUGCUGAUCAAGACUUUCUCCCGCCCUCCAUCUCCCUCUACUCCUCACACAGGGUACCCACAUUUCCCUCGCCCCUUUGUCUACAUUGUCAUAUGCAUUUCCUUAUGUUUUCAAGGAGUCAAAACCUAGGGCUAACCAUGCAGUCGGUAACCAGAUAGACAAGUAUCCUACAUGGAAGUCAUUGGAUCAUUUUUUUAAUGAUUUCAAAUGAUGGAGGAUGUUUCGGGUGAUUGGUGACACAAAACGCCUACAAAUACUCUUGCAAUAUUUAAGAUUACAGAACAAACCACCACACUGGAGAGCCCUGGCUUUCACUUGUGUGAAAAUAACCUGUUUUAAUGCUUUCCAAAGGAAGAAAACCUGCCAGUUAAUUGUGAAACGAGAGACAAGCAUAUAAGCCAGCAAGCCCAACCCAUGAACACUUUUAGGAUGCGUGUGUAUGUGCAUAAAUGUGUAAAAAUGCAAGUGUGUUUUUAUACAGAAAUACACAUUCCCCUCCUCAGCGCAGCACAUAUCUAAAACUUGUGUCUUUGUCAUCACAUUUCUAAAUCAAGAUGGAGCAGAGACUUUCUCAGCUGAGAGAGCUUGUUCUCUAUCAGUGGGUGAGUACUGUCAUCUUACUGGUCAAAUUACUGGUUGCUCCAGCCUCCUAGUUAAUCCAUUUCAAAGGUGUUUGUUAGAGAGUGAGGUGGGCUUUUUUUUAAACUGCCAACUUUUUUGCCAAAUCAAAUUUCCUUUUUUCUAAGAAGGUAUUUAUCAUUACAUAAUCCGAUCCCCCCCAUCCACAUCCGAUUUUCUAGGUUGCACUUUGAAGUAGCGUAAUCAAGUGAGUAAACUCUCAUACUGUCUUUAAUGGGGAAUUUCUGAACCUCAUCUUUUACAAUCAGCUUGAGUUUGUAAAUCCUUCCCCUUUCCCCUUUUUAUAUGGCUCUGAUCUCCAACUAUUGCAUGGCAGUUCCUGCUGCACACCCCAUCUGUGAGCUGAGCCUUCAAUAGAGCGAUGUCUAGAGUGUAAAGUAAAGAGCAUGGUGCAAAUAUUGAAGGUGAAAAGAUCUACACACUUCAGAGAGGCAGAUAUGAAUAAUAAGGGAUCGGCUCAGUCAUGAAGCAAACAGAAUACUGGGGCUUCAUCUGUUUUGAAGUCUGUUUGUCGAGAUGAGUGAGGCAUUGUACGAAGCAGGUAUUUUUUAGACUAGUCAUUAGUCUCUCUAUACACUUCACAUGAUUCUAAGAAUGGUCUUACAGUUGUAUGUUAGACAACAAGAUCAUUUACACACAAAUUAUUGGUUUGAGUCACUUUUGACAACUUUUUUACAGUUCUGAUGUUCACCUCUUUGUCUGUACAGAAAGAAGCUGCUAUUUUUUUCUUUUGUGGGUGUUAAAUAUAUAAAUAUAUAUAAAUAUAUAUACAUACAGUACGUAUAUAUAUAUAUAUAUAUAUAUAUAUAUAUAUAUAUAUAUAUAUACACACAUACACACACACACACAUAUACAGUGUGUAUAUAUAUAUAUAGAUAUAUAUAUACUGUAUAUAAAGUAUAUAUAAGAAAUCCUUCAGGUUUAAUAUUUUAUGAUAUCUCCACUACAGUCCAUUUUCUUAUGCUUUGUACUCUUGCAAAAAAAAAAAAAAAAAAAAAAAAAAAAAAAAAAAAAUAGCCUUUCAAAAUGUAUUUUAUUUUUGCUUUCUCCUUAAGAGGUUGUCUGCAUUGCCACAUGUUGUCCAUUGCCUUGUGUUUUCUUUUUUCUUUUUUUUUUUUUUACAUAUAUCUAUUAUUAUUAUUACUAUUAUUACUAUUAUUAUUAUUAAUGACAGACUCUUUAGCUCUGCAUGUGAACUUUAGGCUCCCUUGAAAUAGUUGUUUACCAUUGCACCCUGCCCAUGAGGUGCAACUCAAUCUCAGGUUAUUGUUAAAGUUUUGUUCUGCAAACAUUUUCAUCAGAGCUUGUUCCACUCCACCUAUUUAAGUUGCUGCCCUCCCUUUAAAUUCACCCUUACUAAACCAUACAGUAUAUCUGUGUCCACCCCAUGCCACCUCCUUACGUCCGGCUUUUUCAGAGGUUUUGUUUACUUUACCCUCAAAACUAUUUUUGUAACCCAUCCAUGUAACUGAAAAGCAACAAACAGGGCUAAUUAGGUUGUCUUAAUUUGUCAUACCCCAACUCGCCUGUAACACCUCCAAAACGAGAUGCAUUGUUAAUCUCUGCUCAAGAUUGCUUUGCGCAACCCACCUCAAUCUUAUAAACACGAUGCAAUGAGCACUAACCUUCCUAAUGAAAUACUGUAUGCCAUCUGCAACCAAAUAAGGGUCGGUUAAAGUUCAGAAAAUUGAUCUGGUUUGAUCAUUUCAAAGUGCUACAUAUAAAGGUAGGUGUCCCUUGCUAGUUGGCUUUAAAUAUGUUUUAUUUUGAAGGAUUUCUCCAUGUGCAUUUGGGAAUGUUACCCAGGACUUAUUUUUCUUGUCUUAGAAGGUUAUUUCCCCCCUCUGAUGGGGUAUUUAUUUCAUUUCCUAUUUUUCUAAUACCAGUUGAAAUCACUGUACAAAUGCCAUUAUGAUUUAGUAUAAAUUCUGAAUUCUAGAUG